GAAUGGAAAAAAGUUUGUUAAAUAUAUAUUAAAAAUAGAAUAUGAUGAAUGAUAAUGAUAUCACUAUUAAACCUUUUGAUGAUGCUCAACUUGAAAUAGAAUCUGAUAAUAUUGAAAAGAAAGAUAAUAAUAAGAGUUCUUAAAGUAAAUAUAUAAAUUUAUAUAGGUGAUGUUUUAAUGAUGGAUUCCUAAUAAAAUAUUAAAAGAUAAAUAGCACAUAUUGAAUAAAAAGAUGAAAUCAAUAAUUAAGAAUAAUAAUUACAGUUUGACAGUAAAAAAAUUAUUAUAUAAAAUGUACAAUAAAAUGAGUAGAAUAAUUUUGAUAAUUAAUCAAAACUCGAAUAAUAAGAUUUAAAUAAGAUUAAAGUGAGUAUCUAAGAAGCUUUGGGUGAUGAUCUAUAAGCAUAUAAUGAUGAAAUUAAAAACAAAUUAUUUUCUUAAGAUUUGAGUAAUCAUCCUUAAUAAACAUUGAAAAAUAGUGAAAUUGAAAUCUGUUUUAAUGAACAAUCUUUAGAGUAAAUAGUUUAAAGUCCAGAAAAAAAUAUUACUACAAUCCCAAAAAAGAGUAAAUAAAAUUAACAUCAUACUUCAACUUAAGUUUAAAAUAAUUAAUAGUAAAAAGCAGAAAAAUAAUUAUUCUUCUCCAAAUAACAAUCUUCUAAUAAUAAUUAACAAAGAAGUUCAAAGUACAAAUAUCAACUAUGA